ACGACUUCCGCCCGCCCCUCACACACGCCAUUUUGGAUUUCGAGGAGGCUUACUUUGGUUUGGCACCACGAGCUAGCAGGUUUCCAUUAUCCACUGGUGCAACAUUUUACACAGAACACUGGGUGGUGCUGACAAAUAUUUUUUAAGGAGGACGUUGUUUUCCCCAUUGACAUCAAUGACUUACAUCCCGCGUCUUAUCAGUCUUCCGGUCGGCUUGCUGCUGUCGUGCGAGCGGCUGUGAAGCUAGCUGGCUAGCUAGCUGCUAAGCUUGCUGCUCGCGGAGAAGCAGAGCAUCUCCACCGGCUUUUUCCCGCUGAAGAAAUAUCACCAGGCCGCAAAAUAUUCUUUUAGCCGUUUGUGUAGUGAGGUGUUACCGGGCCACCCGGCUUUUUGUGAGGAGAGAUGUAUCAAAACCCAGUGAACGACCUGACAACACUCAGGAAAGCCAGGACAAAAGUUAAAGUUGCCCUUGAAGAUAUUGGUUUGGAGUAUUGCAAGGAGAUAAUAAAGGAUUUUAAGGACUUUAGUCCGGAUGAUGAAACUUUCAACGAGACAGAAUGUACUGAUGUCUGUGUAUGGAAUCCUGCGCACUCUAAACCACAGGACUAUCGGUCGAGGCCUUUUUGCUGCGGAGUGUGUCGAUUUUCCUCCGGAAACUACGAGAGCUACCAGAAUCACUUCCGCAAUGCGCACAAAAGAACGGUGCGGAAUAGACUUCUUCUUAAUUGCUCUUCUUGCGCAUUUGUUGCAAACAAGACAACAUUGGAGAUUCAUGUAAGAAUAUUCCACAGGGAUAUAUUAUUUGCACAGCAGCUUAAAAGGAGCGAUGUAGUCAGACAGAUGCAGGCAAGGAAGCCUCUCGCCAGUGGUGCAAGGCCUAUGUACUAUUGCAAAAAAUGCCUGUACCGUGACACACUCUACAAUGGCGUGAAGAGACACAUUUAUCGGGACCAUUUUAAACAUGUUGCCACACCAUAUCUGGGUACGGUUUCCAAGGCAUCUGUCCAAAAUGGGGCUCCUUUCAAUGGCGAUAACAUACUUUGUAAACGAUGCAGGUUUACCACCAAAAGCUACGAGUCCCUUGUGCAGCAUGUCAUCGAAUACCAUGAGCGCAUUGGUGCUCAAGUAACUGCCAUGAUAGGGCAUUCUAAUGUUUUGGUCUCAAGUUUGCCAAGCAUGUCUCAGAAAUCCUCUAUGAUGGUCAACGGGGGCUCCUCACUUGGCGUUAAUGCAAAGGCACAACAAGUCAUUGGCUACUUAAAGCCAGCGGCCCCUGUUUAUAAAGGUCAGUCUUUGGGUGUGGCUAAAAAGGCCAUGUUCAAUCCCCCAAUGAGCACCCCUGCUGCUGAAAGUAAUGGUCCUGGUUUCAAUACAGCCCAAACACAGAAGUGGAAGAUAUGCACUGUAUGCAAUGAGCUGUUUCCAGAGAACCUCUACAGUGCUCAUUUUGAAAGUGCGCACAAGGCAAGGAUAGUGUGGGCUCUGGCCAAGUAUAUCAUGAAAAUCCACAAUUUCACUAGCAAGUGUUUGCUUUGUAACCGCUACCUGCCGAGUGAUACUCUUCUCAACCACAUGCUAAUACAUGGCAUCACUUGUCCGCAGUGUCUUUCUGCUUUCCACAGUGUUGAAAAACUCCUUGAGCAUGAACGCCGGGUUCACCCGGAAGGGUACGUCGGACCACCGGGAGCAUCGCCCUUAACUUUUGAUCUCGCCAUCAAAGAAAACAUACAGCUUCAUGUUCUCACCUUUAAUAUGAAAGAGUCCGAUAGCAGCGAUCAGCCUUUAGCUCCUUUGAACAUGAUCACCCCUCUUGGCAAAGCAGCCCCUUCCACGUUUUCAGAGAUAAAUACUCAAACGCUGGAUAAUUUUUAUUGUACAGUCAUGGAUGCCAACCAGCCGGACAGGAGUAUGUGUCCCCUAUGUUGCGCCACAUUAAAAGAUCCUGUCCCUAAUGCUUUGGCAAUUCAUCUGAGGCACCGACAUCAAGUACUCCAAACAAUGCAUCCCGUUGAAAAAAGAUUGUCGUACAAGUGCGUUCAUUGCUUGGGAGUGUACACUAGUAACAUGGUGGCUUCCACAAUUACACUGCAUCUUGUCCAGUGCAGAGGAGUAGGAAGGAACCUGGCAACACAAGGUCCUAAGUCAGCGUUGCCCCUUCAAAUGUCAGGAGUAGGCAACAUUAAGAGGCAGACACCAACACAUCUGACAGCUAACCCCAAGAAGAUCAAACUGAGUAAGCUGAGUAAAGCUGGUCAGGUAGACCUUGCUCUAGAUCCUAAAACCAAUGAGCAUAAGACUUAUGAAGCUCGUAAAAACUUCCUAAAAGCCUACUUCAAUCAAAAACCUUACAUUUCCCCUAAAGAGGAAAAGAAACUUUCUGCUAGUCUGUGGAUAUGGAAAGCGGACAUUUGUAAGCAUUUUGAAACCAUGCAAAAUGCAUGCAAAAAACAAUGCGAGACAUCAGACGUGUCUGUGCUGCUGGGUUUUGACAUGCAGGCACUCAAGAAGUUGAAACAUGACAUGGUCUUUGAGAACACCCCGCGUGAUGGCUCGGCAGAAGGGAAGUCUGGUGGCCUCAAGUCUGGUACUCCAAACAUGACCCAAACUGAUCAACUUGAGACACAGAACUGUACAAAACGAUUACCUCAACGCAUCUCCUCUACCAGGCCGAGCCCAUGCACUGAGCCCAUCCUAAUUGACUCUGACAGUGAACCAGAAAUUGAACCGAUACCUGUUGCAGACAAAAAUGGUGACUCAAGCCUGCAGAAGAUCGAAUCCCAACAGGUUGCACGAUCGACGGACAACUCGGAACAUGUAAACACGAUUGAUGGUGAACCAGGAAAGGAAUUGCUGCCCGCUGAUAACACAGAUAACAACUCGCCCGUUGAUAACACAGAUAACAACUCGCCCGUUGAUAACACAGAUAACAACUCGCCCGUUGAUAACACCGAUAACAACUCAGCCCUGCAGAAGAUUGAACCCCUGUAUCCAGCAGAAUCAAACGAGAAAUCGGAACAUGUCGACAAAGAUGACAGUGAAUCAGAAGUAGAACCGAUACUCAUUGCUAACACAAGUGGUGACUCUGACCUGCAGAAGAUUGAAACACUUCAUCCAGCAGAAUCAACCGAGGAAUCAGAACAGGUUGACAAAGAUGACAGUGAAUCAGAAGUAGAACCGAUAUUUAUUGCUAACACAAGUGGUGACUCUGACCUGCAGAAGAUUGAACCCCUACAUCCAGCAGAAUCAACCGAGGAAUCAGAACAGGUUGACAAAGAUGAUAGUGAAUCAGAAAUAGAACGGAUGCUCUUUGCUAACACAAGUGGUGGCACGGACCUGCAGAAGAUUGACAGUGAUUCAGAAAUGGAACCGAUGCCUACUGCUAACACAAGUGGUGACUCGGACCUGCAGAAGAUUGACAGUGAUUCAGAGAUAGAACCGAUGCCUAUUGCUAACACAAGUGGUGACUCGGACCUGCAGAAGAUUGACAGUGAUUCAGAAAUGGAACCGAUGCCUACUGCUAACACAAGUGGUGACCCGGACCUGCAGAAGAUUGACAGAGAUUCAGAGAUAGAACCGAUGCCUAUUGCUAACACAAGCCGUGACUUGGGUCUGCUGGUUGAAUUCCAGCAGCCAGAAAAAUCGGGACAGGUAGACACAGUUGACAGUGAACCAGAAAUGGAACCGAUGCCCAUUCUUGACACUAGUGGUGACUCGGACCUGCAAACUGAGUCCCAGCAGCCAGCGUAAUCAUCAGAAAACUCAGAACAGGUAAACAAAGUUGAUCCUUCGAGCACCAAUACAGACGCUUGAAACCCUUCUUGGCAAGUGUUCCUUGAAUAUAUUUUGUCUGAGCAAGGAGUCUCAUUCCCCUUUUGUCUUGUCAAAUGAAAAGUGUGUCUCUUUUUGCAUUAAAGGGGCCAGGGGGAGUCGAUUUAUAUAUACAUGUAUACAGUGUAUAUAUAUUAAAAAAAAACUUGUGAAGAUGCAUGCGUUUUGUUUGGCAACAAUGUCAAAUGACCAUUCACAUUGUUCCAAAGGUUAUUGUUGAAUAUACUUUAUGUAUCACUUAUAAAAAAACAUGUGGUCUCAUUUCUGAGAUAUAUAUUUUUUGAUGAGCGGACUUAUAUUUGAACUGUAUUGCCAGUGAUCAUUUGGAAACUUGCUAAUGUACAAAAUUUAAUAAACAGUUAUUUAAUAAAAUCAAAA